CAGAGAGCCGAGCAGAGCUGUGACAGUCUGUGCAGGGCAGAGGAGGGCGGAGCAUCUGGUUGCCUAGGACCUGAAGGAGAGGAACAUCUGGGGAGGCUCUCCUUAGCUCCUCGUCCCCUGAUAGCUGCGUCCCCUGCCCCAGGAAGACAUGGAAGAAUACACAGAACCAGAGAGUCUGGGUCAGCAAGAAGCGUGCAUGGAUGACCUGCCUGAUCCUGUCCUGAUCCAAAUUCUGGCCUCACUGCCUGCCACCGAGCUGGUGCACAUAUGCCGCCUGGUGUGUCUGCAGUGGAAAGCCCUGGUGGAUGGUGCUUCACUUUGGGUCUUCAAGUGCCAGCAGGAAGGACUGGCGAGGGAAGAUCAGGUUGAGGAGGAUCGGGACAACUGGAUGCUCUUCUACUUCCUCAGCAAGCGGAAAAGGAAUCUGCUCAAGAACGUUUUUGGAGAAGAUGAUUUCGAGGCCUGGGAGGAGGUCCAGAGUGGUGGAGAUGGCUGGAAGGUGGAGGAAAUUCCUGGAGACAAUGGCUUUGAUUUUCCGGAGGAUGAGAAUGUGAAGAAAUACUUUGUUACUUCUUACGAGUGGUGCCGCAAAGCCCAAGUUAUUAAUCUACAGGCAGAGGGGUACUGGGAAGAAAUGAUGGACACUCUACAGCCCUCUAUCGUGGUGAAGGACUGGUGA